GGCGGCGGCGGCGUCGGAGAUUUAAAUCGCUCGUCGGGUCCCGGCGCCUUCGCUCUUAAAGGGGCUGCAGCCGCUGGGCGAGGCGGGGCCGUGCUAGGAGCGCAGCCGGCGGCGGCCGCGGGAGGACGCGCUGGAGCCGCGGGGAAAGAGAAUUGUUAUAAAAAGAAGAGGAAAGAGGGAGGGGACAGAUAGACAGUCAUGUCUUCUGAAGCAACCCAGGAUAAGGUUCAGACAUCUACGCUACAGCAAAAUGAACAGGGUAUGUUGCAGUGCCCUAUUUCAAAUGCUCAUGGAAAUAGAGAUGAAAUUGCAAGGAUCAAUCAAGAGUGUAAAAGAGAGAGUUUUUGGUACAGAGCUCUUCCUUUGUCUCUAGGAAGCAUGCUUGUCACUGAGAGGCUGAUUUCUAAAGGUGUUUUCACUUCAAGCCCAAGAUUUGGAUCAUUACCUAAGAUUGCAUUUGCUGGUGUUUUAGGUUUUGCCAUUGGAACAAUGUCAUAUAUAGGCGUGUGCCAGAAAAAGUUUCAAAGCAUAAGUGCUGCACCACUUGGUCCAGAAGAUAAAAGCCAUGGUAAUCAUACCUGCAAGGAGUGUGAAACAAACUCCUGAUCUAAUGAAAGGGAACACGAAAGGCCCACACCUUCUUAAUCCCAGAUGUAAUUUCUUUAAAAGUACUUCAUCUUGGCAUCUGUGUUGCAGACGUAACGAAGAUGACAAAAUACUGCAGAACCAGUUGUUUUCUGAAACAGCUUAUUUUGGACAGAUGAAAUGAAGCCUCCCAUCACCUGUUAAGCAGUUCACCUUGAGGCUUGAUUUAAUAAAUUCUUGCUUAUAACUAA